CCCUCAAAUUCCAUCUCAAACCCGGAAGUAUGUGACGUUGCACCUUGGACUGAAAGUGACGGUUAACGUUUUGAUGUUUUGCUUGUUUUCCUUGCUCAGAAGUGUCCUUUUUAAUAGAUUUAAGAUUCAGACGCGGUUUUUUUCUGUCGUGUAGCUCGUACAAAGUCACAAUGCGCUUCACGUUAACGGCUGUGUUGUUGUUUUCGGUGUUUCUGUUGAUUUCUGACGGUUUCUCUGUCCGCCGUGAUGUCAGUAAUGCAGCCGCUGUAACCCAGGACAAGAAUAAUGAGACAACUGGCCAAUCACAGGGCAAGAAUGAAAAGACGAACGUCCCAACCAACAACAAGACAACAGCCGACCACCCGAAUGGUGCAGUAGACAAGACAACCAGUAAUGGAGACGAACAGAAAAGCACCGCUGUGAAAGAAGAGGAAGAGGGAAAACCUGAGGAAGAGGGUAAACCUAAGGAAGAGGAAAAGGGAAAACCUGAGGAAGAGGGUAAACCUAAGGAAGAGGAAAAGGGAAAACCUGAGGAAGAGGGUAAACCUAAGGAAGAGGAAAAGGUAAAACCUGAGGAAGAGGGUAAACCUAAGGAAGAGGAAAAGGUAAAACCUGAGGAAGAGGGUAAACCUAAGGAAGAGGAAAAGGUAAAACCUGAGGAAGAGGGUAAACCUAAGGAAGAGGGAAAACCUGAGGAAGAGGGUAAACCUAAGGAAGAGGGAAAACCUGAGGAAGAGGGAAAACCUGAGGAAGAGGGAAAACCUGAGGAAGAGGGAAAACCUAAGGAAGAAGGAAAACCUGAGGAAGAGGGAAAACUUAAGGAAGAGGAAAAGGGAAAACCUGAGGAAGAGGGUAAACCUGAGGAAGAGGGUAAACCUGAGGAAGAGGGAAAACCUGAGGAAGAGGGUAAACCUAAGGAAGAAGGAAAACCUGAGGAAGCGGAAGAGGGAAAACCUAAGGAAGAAGAAGAGGGAAAACCUAAGGAAGAAGAAGAGGGAAAACCUAAGGAAGAAGAAGAGGGAAAACCUGAGGAAGAGGGAAAACCUAAGGAAGAAGAAGAGGGAAAACCUGAGGAAGAGGGAAAACCUAAGGAAGAGGAAGAGGGUAAACCUGAGGAAGAGGGAAAACCUACGGAAGAGGAAGAGGGAAAACCUACGGAAGAGGAAGAGGGAAAACCUACGGAAGAGGAAGAGGGAAAACCUACGGAAGAGGAAGAGGGAAAACCUGCGGAAGAAGAAGGUAAUCCUGAGGAAGAGGAAGAAGGUAAUCCUGAGGAAGAGGAAGAGGGUAAACCUGAGGAAGAGGAAGAGGGUAAACCUGAGGAAGAGGGAGAGACUGAGACAGUUGAUGAACGUCAUGAGGGGAUUACUGAAACCGAAGGUAGUGACGAGGGUGAAGAUGAACUUGACGAUCUCGAGAGGAACAGCGGGCAGAAAGAGGUGUUUACCCCCAGGGAGGAGGGGGAGAGCAGCCACUUCUUCGCCUACCUCGUCUUCACUGCCUUGCUGGUGGCUGUUCUGUACAUCGGAUAUCACAACAAGCGCAAGAUCUUUGCUUUUCUGCUUGAGGGCAGGAGGACGAGGUACACACGGAGACCCAAAACAUCAGACUAUCAGAAACUCGAUUAUCACUGAGUUAGACGAGUCGUGGUGAUGCUGUAACCUGCAGGACAGAGUCGGGACUUUAAACACUUGACUCUGCGUCUGUCUCUGUUGUGAUCUGAUGGGGUUUUUUUGGGGUGUUUUUUUUGGGGUGUUUUGUUUAAGUUCAGCAUGGUUGAAGAUUACUUUGGUAUUUCCUGUUUUAGACCAAUCUGUUCUCGAAGGGUUUUGUGUAGUAGAGCAAAUGCCACUGUCAGGUGAAUAUUUCUUGGUUUUUUUUUGCCUGUCAGUUUGUUUAAUAUGAUGAUUGAUUAAAUGUGUAUAUCUGGGUUAGUUAUGUCCAUGCAGGGUUUUGAGAGAGAGAGAGAGAGAGAGAGAGAGAAAAAACUGUCUGUUAAACUGAGAUCAGGGAAAUAUGAUUGGUUGGUUGUUAGAAAUAAAGGUUUACAAAAUUCAGGGCUUAUUUAUGAAGUAAACGGCUUUGCGCAGGCCGGGCCAUGGCAAUGUGUGAUAGACACCUCAUAAAGCUUUGUGGGAAAAAAUGGUAAAGACCUCGUCUCAGCCCUUUAACCCAUUUUUUUUUUUUUGGUCCAAGCCAGCUUCAAACACACCGGUUGUGCUGUAAAAGUAAGGUGUGUUAAAAGCACAAGUGGAGAGAUUAUUAAAUUAUAUUCUGCCCUGUUGCACUGGGUUGAUGAUUGUAUGUGUGGGUGAGAGGUGACAAAAAAAAAAAGUCUCAGGAUGCUACAGAACUCUGUACAGUGCGGUCCUGCUUUAAAGCAGACACAGAAAAUGGCUUCCAGUGUCCACUACAGAUUCAUUUUGAAUUUUAAUAUAAUUUUCCUUUAAAGUCACUAAUUCAUGCUAAUAAUUUUGAAUUCUGCUUUAGUUGAACGGUUAGCGCUGCAGCAACACUGAUACACUUUUACCAUCUGAUACUCUAAUAAAAUAAAAGCACCAAACCACCACCACCACUAUUACAAUUAAAUAGUUGCUAGAGAAAUAGUGACGAUACUUAUAACACUCCUAGAAAUGUUUAUUGUGAUACUUUGUGAUAAACUACAAUAUCAUAUCAGCCCUGAUGCGGUUAUAAAGUAUCGUAUCGGUGCAGCCCUGAAGAUUUCAGAGAUUUUAGUUGCUUGAUUGUGAAAUUUUUGUGCUCUUUUGUCAUGAUAAAUGAGCUCAUCUGUGUGUGUGUGUGUGUGUGUGUGUUUCGAGGUCUCAGCUCAUGUUUGUCACGCUGAAUGUAAACAGAAUGAUGUCGACUUUACACAGCCAUAUGAACAUAAAAGUGGUGGGUGAGCCACUGAUUCAGGACUCGAAAGAAAUUUAUUGUCGUUUUGAACUGCAAUUCUAUUUUCUGUGGAACUUGUGACCAAAAAAAUACGUAAUGUUUCUGUUUUUGUUAUAAUGAUGUCUUUUUUUUUUUUUUUUUUAAAUGCAAAUAUAUCUGAUGUUAGAUUCCUUUGUGUGUGUGUGUGUGUGUGUGUGUGUGUGUGUGUGUGUGUGUAUGGGGUGUGUUCUAUAUAAGCUGAAGCUAAAACUCACGCUGUGUGCUCUGAUCCUGCAGUGACGGUUUUCUAGCACUUUCUGUUGACUUUGUGUGCGAGAGCAGGACAUGAAUGAAGGCUUCACACAACCACUGUUUAAAUCCUAAGAAAAUAUGAAAAUGUUUCUGUCUGUGGUCUGAUUUUUUUUUUUUUUUCCUUUUCACUUUUUCACUUAGAGAUACUGCUUUUGGAUAAAAUCUAAAUAAAAAAAAAAACAUUCAUAUAAUUUCUUUUGUUUUUUAAAUGAAAUAAUUCUAUCUUCAUGAUUACACACACUCACCACCGUGCUGAUUUUGGUCAAUAAUUUUUCACAUUUUUAGAAAAAUUGUGUCUAUAACAUGUCUUUUCUUAUAAUGUAGUAAUUAAAAAAAAAUGUUAAAACUGUCCACUUGUCUGACCAGCACAUUAUCUGAAACUCUGAAUAAGCUUUUAAGCUCCGCCCACUUGGCUCAAUCACAUGGUGUCUUAUAUCCCUGGAAAGCUUUUAUAUAUUUUAUAUCUUAACUUCAAGAGAGGGAACAACAGUUUUUAGCUGCUGUAAUGUAAGUUAGAACAGGAACUAACUUGUUUCGCAUCACUAAUUAUUGUGAUCAAAUUUAUAUCAUCCUUUUUGCUUCAUCUGUUUUCAAGUUUUCAACUUGAGGGUAGCGUGAUACAAAAUGAAGUAAAGUUUGAAAGAAGUUAGUGGGAAUUCUAGCACAAAGUGACAUUAAACUCAUGCAGGAUCAGAGAUGGUUUGCAUAUCUGAACAUUUCAAUCUUUCACAGAGAACACUCACCGAGAUUUAAAGACAUUUACUGAAAGACAUUUAUAGUCUAUUAUUACUGAUAGACUGCUAAAAAAUCUGCAUCAUGGACAUAUAAAAUCACAUGGACACACAGAUUUCACAAUAUAACGUGAAAGAGGUUUUAAUGAACACAAAAUAUGUUGUGUUAGUCUUUACAUUUUGGAUGCCGAGUGUCUAAAAGUCAUGUAAUCUCUACAUGCUUUUAUGGACAUCCCACAGCAGUGUGGUUAUGAGCUAUAAACCACAGAUAGUAACUAAAGAAUACACUAAAAAUGAACUAAAUUGAAAGUGUAAUGCUGAUCUGUGCACUGAAUUUAUAUUAUAUAUUAUAUUAUAAUUUAUAUUAUAGAGAAUGACUCUUUAUAGCUGCUAUAAUGUAAUGUAGAACAGGACUUAUUUCACAACACUGAAUGUAACUAUAAACAGAUAAUUAUGACAAAUUAUAGCAAAAAUUCAAUUCAAUUUUAUUUGUAUAGCGCUUUUUAACAAUGGACAUUGUCACAAAGCAUUUUUAGAGAAAUAAAUACGUUCAGGAUAUAAAUUGUAAAUGUAUGAACUUAUCCCUAAUGAGAAAGCCAGAGGUGAUGGUGGUGAGGAAAAACUCCCUGAGAUGAUACGAGGAAGAAACCUUGAGAGGAACCAGACUCAAAAGGGAACCCAUCCUCAUCUGGGUGACAUCGGAUAGUGUGAUUAUAAAUAAAUCCCUUCUGUAACUGUGUACUACAUGGAGAAAUAGUGCAAUUGUGUGACCAGGAAAUUCAUUAUAGUUUUCACAUGAAGUCUGUGUUGUUGAAUCUAUCCACUGUCCACUGAUGGAGACCUGAGUGCAGAACUGCCCGUGACAACCGCAGCCCCAAAGCCAUCACAGUACAACUGCCCAUAUGAACCGCAGUCCAGAGCCAUCUCCAUGCGCCACCAUCCCCAGCAAUUCCAAUGAUCUUCAGGCCGUCCAUGUGGGCCAUCCCCAGCAAUUCCAAUGAUCUUCAGGCCGUCCAUGUGGGCCAUCCCCAGCAGGAUGGAUCACUCAGGUCCGGAGAGCAGAAGGGAUCAGGAUCACUGUCAUCUCAUAAUGUUGUGUUAGUGUCUACAUUUUGUAUGCCGAGUGUCUAAAAGUCAUGUAAUCUCUACAUUCUUUUAUGGACAUCCCACAGCAGUGUGGUUAUGCGGUAUAAACCUCAGAUAGUAACUAAAGAAUACACUAACAAUGAACUAAAUUGAACGAUUAAUGCUGAUCUGUGCACUGAAUUUCUCAGUCUUAAUCAUUUUUGGUCAUGAUGUGUCAUUAAAUCAUGGAUACAUUUUAAGAUUAAAGUCUUAUCUCAUCUGA